AUCAGAGAACUUUUGCUUGUAGUUUACAAAGUUUGCUUACUUAGCAUUUUUUCUAGCUAGUUAUAAUAUAACGUUAGCUAGCUACAGUAUAGUAGUUUGCUAUCACAAAGCAAGUUGUCGAUAAUGCUGUUUGUGAACUUUUCUCUUAGCUAGCUUCACUUGAAAAGUUGUCACCAUCUAACGUCUGCAAUUAAUAUAUACAUAAUGUUUGUACAACUACAGUAUUUAUCAAGUUUUUGUCUGGGUUUUGUUGUGAGCUAGUCAACUAUGACUCUCACGGGCAGUCACAUGGCUAAACGGGAUUUAUGCGUCACAGCGCGCCUUUCUGGAAGAUUACCCGCCAGACUGUAAUGCCCUUUGGAUUUAACAAUGGUUAACCCGCUAAAUUACCUGAAUGUUUACAUGCAACGAGUACUUGUCAGUUUGUUUUGUGUUGCUAGGUAGUCUUUGCUUGCUACAUACUUCAAGGAUUUAACAUGAAGGACAUUGAGAUUCAUUGAUGGAUGAAACGGCUCAUGGGGGAAACAUGUUGCUUCCUAUUAUAGCUAGGCUAAUUUAUGUGUAUAGGCUAAAGUUUACUGUUUGUGGUAGUUAGCUACUAAUCUUACGAAAGACACGCUCUUAUAUUUCCGGAAUUUGGACCAUCAUUACAGCAUAUCAGUGAAACAUGAUGAAAAAGGAGAUUGCAGCAGUGGUGUUUUUCCUGAAAAGACUGAUCAAAAAGGUGGAAAAGUUGGAGACCCAGAAAGUGGACUUGUUUGUGGAGCGGUUGACUAUUACCCUGCACGAGAAGUUCAGGGGACAUUGGUACCCUGAAAACCCCAGCAAAGGACAGGCCUUCAGGUGUAUUCGGCUGAACAGGUUGCAGAGGGAGGAUCCAGAGUUGCUGCGGGCCUGCCAGGAGAGUGGGGUUCAGUACAAGGACCUUGGCCUGCCCAGAGAACUCACUCUGUGGGUGGACCCAGGGGAGGUGUGCUGCAGGUAUGGAGAGAAGAACCAUGCUUUCACGGUGGCCAGUUUCUUUGGUGAUGAGGAUGUGACAAAGAAGGUGACCAGCGCUGUGGAGAGGGUGACGUCUGACUACCACUCCGGUUCAUCCUCAGAUGAGGAUAGUGGCCUCAGGGAAACCCGUCCUCCCCCUGCCUGCCCCCAAAAUCACCACACAUACCAGGUGAUCUACCCAGCUGCUCCUUUGUGGCAUCCUACAGUGCCCAAGCAGAAGAAGAUGGGACCCGGUAAAGGAUAUAACGGCCCUCCACGUCCUCCUCACAAUGGCUUCAGACCCCAAGGCAGACCCAUUCAGCCCUUCAGACACAACGGCUGGGCUCUGCCUGGCCAGAGAGGGGGGCACGGAUACUGGGGUGGCACUCCAGGCCUGGCUUACUGUUAGGGACCACUGUAGCAAGUGUUGAUAUUAGUAUUAGCCUGUUCCAGGUGCCCAGGUUCCCUGAGCUGUUGAGGGUAACCAUUAUAGCAAGCAAUAGUUCAUGGGGGGCAGGUAGCCUAGCGGUUAAGAGUGUUGGGCCAGUAACCAAAAGGUUGCAGGUUUGAAUCCCCGAGCCGACUA